AUGCGCGACAUGGAGGUGGAGCGGCAGUGGAAUGACGAAAAGAGUGCGAGCAUCGAUUGGAAGGAUCCGGAUGAUGUUCUGUGCAACCACUGGACAUUCCUGAGAAUUGUGGAUUUCCAUCCACUAUUGGCUCAGUACGCCACCACGCACUUGGAAGACAAAGAGCACUGGAAGGCAAUAUUUACGAAUCCGGCGCGAACAGAUGAGCAGAAGGAGGCACUACAGUUUUGGUUGCAGAAUGGCCUGCUGACGCUUCGGGAGAAACGGUGGUGUAGGGAGUGCAGGAAAGAGGGCCACACCAAACGGCAAUGCACGGAAGCUAAGGUACCAAAAGGGGGAGGUGUUUUGGAAAAGUUUGCGGCUCACCGUGCGGAGAUUGAGCGCUACCGACUGAUGCAAGAAAGGCAGUGGGAAAAUGAUCCCGUUACUCUGCUCGCAAUCAAAAAAGGUGGCGCUCAAGUGAGGGAUGGGCGAGGGGGCACGCGUGAUGUGAAGGUUGGUGGACCACACGUGUGGGUGCAAAAUAAUAAUGAGCGAAGGGAUCUGGAACCAUUCGUGGAGGAACGACGGCGCGGUACCAUUGGACGUGUGGACACAGAGCAUAACAUUGGCUUCGUUCGGGUGCCCGACAUGGGUGAAGUUAAAUUCUUUGUAGACCGCGUCGAUUACGGUGUGAGGGAAGUUGCUGUUGGGGAUGCUGUUACACUUAAAAUUGACGUUAGCAGGGACUACCCAAUAGCCGUAGACAUCCGGCUGGAGACGCCACAUGUAACGUCGGAGGAUGUUUACAAGUUUAUUAGGCGAUGCAAAAACGCAACGCAGCCAAUUACAGUGAUUAAGGCCGUUAUGACUCAUACGUUUGAAUGGCCAGAUAUGCUGCGUCUGUUGAGAGAUAUGCCACCCGCCGCAUUCGUUGAUGGUGUGCACACCCUUGUGGAGUUGACCACUUUUGUUGGGAACCGUGAACCUAUCCACAUUCCACUUCUGCAGUCGUUUCUCGUGUUAUUGCAACGUGAAUCGAAGGAUGGAACUAUUCCGGCGUUCUUCCCAUCAAUGGUGCAAAGUGCACUUGAGAUUGGUCGGGAAAUUUUGAAUGAGGGUGACAUGGCGACAGCAGUUGAACGUUGGCUUGAGGUGGCGAAUCUUAUUGUGCUUUUGCGGCAGCAUGCACCGGUAGCGGGAGACGGGGUUGCAUCGGUGCAAACCACUCUCAUUUCAUUGCUGAACGAGGGUGUGAAGGCUACAAGAGGAUCUGCUGGAGAGUUACCGGGCUCAGUUUUGGCAGUAAGAAAAAGAAAGGUGGAUGCCACGUUAGGGCGCAUGCAGAACAUGGAAGGUAGCAGAAGCACAGACAUCCUCAUUCCAUCAGCGUCUGACUUCUCCAUUCCCCCACCGCACGAGUUGUCUCCGUUCUCUCCAUGCAAUCUUCCCGUGAACGGUAGCAAGGUUUACGACACCACAGAGUCGUUCAUCACGGAUCACUGCAGAAUGCUGCAAGCGGAUACUUUCGAAGCAGUGAGCAGAAUUCUUCCUGCAGCAUGCUUCAAUUUCCCUGAUUACAAACCUACAGAGGAAACGGUAUCCGAUGUCCAACACGCACGUUUGUACCACAGUGUAAGGUUUAUGGGCCGCGUCGUCACCAAAGACAGGGACAUUGCCUGUUGUACCAGUUACAUUCUCCAGGUGCAGCCGAAGAGCCCUAAAGCCCAAGCGCCGGUGAACAUUCCGGUGGGUACCACUCUUUGCAUCACAACUGGGCUCAACCGUACCGUCAUGGAAGACGACGAGAUCUUUUGGUGUUCCGUGACCUCCCUCAACAAACCACUACUGAGCGGAAACAUGGUCGUCGUCUCACCUUGUGACAGCAGUGCAAGUUUUGAACUUCUCGCUGAAAAACUGCAUCGUAACGAAUCCCUGAACAAGAUGGACUGUUCAUUAAUGUUGGUAACAGAGGUGUUCAUGAUGGGUUAUAAAAGCAUCAUGAAGGCUCUUCAUGCGUUUGUUGGGCCACUUGCCAUGCCACUGCCUAUGCUGUCCUCUCUGGUGAGUCCCGAGGCGGCCGCCCAUGCCUCCGCGAAUGGAAUAACUUGUAAAGCAAAAAAACCUGGCGAGCUCGUCGCGUACAUCCCACCCCACUGUGAGUUUGCGUUCCAGAGUUUGAUUGCAGAUGUCUGCGACCGCUUUACGUUGGACAAGGGACAGGAGGAAGCCCUUCGCCUGUUCCCCAGCUCCGAUAUUCUUCUUGUGCAAGGCCCACCCGGAACAGGCAAGUCGUUCAUUGGUUGCCGACUGGUUGAGGUGUAUGUCCGGUACAAACAGCUUGUUUCAUCGGGUGAUAUACUUAGUACUAUCGACGUGGAACAGCUACACUCCACUUCGCCACAGCACAUGCUUCCAAGCAUAGUCGGUCCUGUUGUUGUCAUCACGUAUAAAAAUCAUGCACUUGAUGAGUUUCUCAUAGAUCUACUCCAGAGUGGGCUAUGGGAUGACGAGCGGCCUCGUAUUGCACAGCAUUUGGUCAACGAAAUGGGUGCCACCAAGGCCGAUCUCUUCCCCUGUGGAAAGCGCGUUGUUCGCAUUGGUGGCCAAUCCAAGGAGGCGGCACUCGAUGCUUACAACCUUAACGCAUUAUUGCGAACCAAAACGGACAAGGCAAUGCUUAAUAGCCUUAAGGAGCGCAUAUAUCUAAUGAAUCAAAGACUAGAGCGCCUAAUCAAGGAGAUUCACUAUUUGGAAUCGGGUCGUGUGCCCAAGUCACUUUUCGAGCGCUGGCUGACGGAGGAACAGCGGAAACACAUUAAAUACGAGGAUCGCGAUGAAUGGUUGCAAGGAAAGCAAUAUGUGGGGAAGUCGGAAAGAACAGCAAAUAGAACGCUGUACUUGCAGCUUCUCAAAACUCGCGUGGAAUCAGCUUUGGAGGAAGCACAGCGGUCGCCACGUGAGAGGACCGAGGGUAAACCUGAAGACGAAAAGGAGGGUGAGGAAGACGGUGCAGCACAGCUAAGUGUGUUUCAGGAAAUGCGACGCCAGGAGGAGAACCGAAAGUUCAACGACUCGCUACAUACGACAUAUCUUUCAUCUGAGGCCAUGGAGCUUGCGAAAAAUCCUCCCACCUGUCCUGAAGGUGUCCCAGAGGAGUUGCUGUCACUGUGGAGUCUUGAUCCUGUUCUACGCCAUGAGUACUAUGCCUACCUCAUUCGGAAGUGUAUUUCCGUUAAGGCAAGGGACUGUCUAUUAAUUAUGGAUGCAAUUAGUAACGUCGUGACAAUACGUGAUCACGUUGUGAGUGAGCUGAAGCUUGAGCUUCUACAGGGGGCGGAUGUAGUUGGCCUCACAACAACUGGUUGCGCCAGCAAUCAAAACCUUCUCCGAUCCCUCCGGCCGACUAUUUUGAUAGUUGAAGAAGCAGCAGAAGUGCUUGAGUCACAGUUACUUGCGUGCAUGACAGACUCCCUCCAACAGGUGGUGCUCAUCGGUGACCACUUCCAGCUUCGACCAAAGGUAGAGACGUUUUUAUACGAAAAAUUUAAUCGAUUAAAUAUGUCGCUCUUUGAGCGCCUUUCUUCGCGUAUGCGGCCGAUCUGUUUGAGAGAGCAACGCCGCAUGCAUCCUCUCAUCUCCCGCUUGGUCCGGCCGUUUUACGGUCCUAAUAUGCUGUUGGAUAACAAAGACCUCUACAAACGGCCGUUUGUUUGUACUAAAGGUGUAUUGCAUACUGACGCUGUCCCCGGUCUGGCACGCCGUGUAUUUUUCUGGCGUCACAGUCAGCCGGAGUCGGAGGCCCCAGGAAGCCGAAGCAAGGUGAAUUUGUUGGAGGCUGAAAUGGUUCUGAAACUUGUCGCUCACCUCACCACCGAGGGGGUACACCAGAAAUCCAUUACGGUCAUUACGCCUUAUUUAGCACAAUUGAGGUUGCUACGUACGACCCUCCGACUGCACGCCUUCAGUGAUGUCUGCGUGAGCACGGUGGAUCUUUUUCAGGGUGAUGAGAACGAUGUUGUGAUACUUUCUUUGGUGCGUACAGAACGGUUGACGGAGUUCUUAAAAAUGCGCAACCGCAUGAUCGUGUGCUGCAGCAGAGCCCGUUUCGCAAUGGUGAUGAUUGGAAAUGACGGCCUUCUUGAGCAGUCCACACAUUGGAAGCAGGUGCUUGACACGCUGCGAGAUGACCAGUGUGUUGGUGAUAAGCUUCCAGUUACACGCUUUUUAUCCCCUGGGGAAGAGGUCAUGAUGAGCGCAGAUUAG